AGCAGCGGUAUCGUCGACGCGCAGUAAUUCUAUAUAUACAUACAGUUGGAUUUGCCGUGCUUCCUGUGCAUGUUACGUCGCAGUUUUUUUGUUUUGGUGCGUACCUUUAAAGAGAGAUUGAAAGGAAAAGAACUGUUGUCUGUGCAAAAGGAUGGCUACUUCGAGCCUCUGAGUGCAUCAUCGCGCUGCAGAGCGGACCAUGAAUUCCGAGUAUGCCAUGUCGCCGUCUUCCUCUUUAUUAUACCUACCUAAGAAAGUGACGAUGCGUCAGCUUGUUUUGUGCCAGUAUGCAUAGAAUAGUGGCAUGAGUCGAUUAAUCUAUGGCAGAUCAACAAGAUCAGUCGUCAUCCGGGGGGUCUGUCGAGAAGGCCAGUGCUUCAACAGACACCUCUAAAUCCAAGGGGAAGAGUUCAAGUAGUGGUGGAAGCAGUGGAUACAGAAAGCGUCAUAAUAACAACCCUGUGCAAGUCACUCUUGAAGAGAAAAGACGUAGACAAAAUACUGCUGGUGAUUUGCAACCACCACAGACGCAAAUUCACAAACAUCAGCGCCCUGUUGAAUCCUCGAAAGGAGAAGGUAGAUCAAGGAAUGAACGUAGAAGUAAUGGAGCAGGUUUAGAAUGCUUAUUCGAUACAGAUUGGAAACAGCAGCAAAGAACACACCAGGCUAAUUACAACUCUAGUGGGAGCAAUUCAAGAAUACGCAGCUCAAAAGCUAACAAUUUACCAGAGUUAAGCUCAGCACUUAUAGACUGUGUGGCAUCGCGCACAAGAUCACGCACCCCCCAAAAUCCACAAGUUUUCUCACAAAGUUUCAACAACAGCUUUGACUCAACAUUAUCUAGUGGUUACGGCAGCAACAAUAGAAAAUCUUCAUCUUUCAUCAAUAACAACUUCACUUCAACAACUCCACUUUCGAGUCAUCCAUCAACUUCUAAGACUACUAGAGGCACGAAGAUGAGCGAAUGUCUGGAAGGAUUUGUCUCAGCCGUGAAAGCGCUUUUUCCCAUAUCAGCACAAACGUACCAUCAAGAAGGUUCGAAGCAAGCAGUGCAGCAGUGUAGCAGUAGCAGCAGCAGCUCGUCAUCCACCACCUCGUCGUCGUCCUCGUCGUCAUCGUCGAACGUCGAGUUCGCCAAGGCAGCAGCGGCGGCCGCGGCGGCGGCGGCAGCGGCGGCGGCAGCAGCAUCUGCGGGCAGCGGCGCCAGCAGCUCCGCCAGAGUGGGUAACGCGGCAAGCAGUGGUGGUGGCGGCGGCGAGGGCGGAGCUGCCGCGGCGGUCAAUCUCAGCUCCGCGGCUCAUGAGGUCGUCGCAGCAGCAGCCGCCGCCGCAGCGAGCAGCAGCAGCAGCAGCAGUAGUAACUCGGUCGCCGGUUACCACCACCUUUUGGCUCCCGCCGCCGCGGCCAGUAGCGUCGGGGCUACUGCUAUUACUGCAGCCGCUGCUGGCCCACCUCUGCUAGCUGUGCCCCAGCACAAGCACCUGCUCAGGUCGCGCGUCAAACUCGGAGGCGAGCACCUCAAAGACUUCCAGCAGCAAAGCAAGCACACCGGCAAGUACCACAAGAAGGACUCCGGAUCCGCCAGCUCCUCCUCGUCUAGGCAUCGUUCAUCGUCACGCGUACGAAAAGCAACAGCAAGUGCAGCAGAAGCAGCUUGUGCAGCAGCAGUAGUAGCCGGUGCCGCAAGUAGCAGCGCUAGCCUUGUGAUGUCAGCGAGUGAUUCGCUGACCAACGGCAGCGGAAAUACAAGCGGUGUAACGCCAACUUCAACGUCGACGUCAGUAGCAGCAGCUGCAACAGCAAAUACAGCUCAAAUUCCACCGACGCUACCGUUGCCAGUCACGGGUAUCGAAGAGGACACAGUACAAGCAACGCAACCGACACCAACCGGUGGCGGACCGUCAGGAAUGAGUGGUGGUGCUGCCGCCGCUGCUGCAGCUGACAGUGAGAGUGACGAUGGUGAAGUUGGUCGACUUCAGGCACUUUUAGAAGCUAGAGGGUUGCCGCCGCACGUGUUUGGUGCACUUGGUCCGAGGAUGCAGCAUCUGCUCAAUAGAAGCAUGGGCGCAAGCAGCGGACUUUACCUGUCAAUUUCAGCCGCAAAAGCGCAACAGCUUUUAGCUGGAUUGCAAGCCGUCGAUGAUGAAGGCGAGCAGCUCCAGGCGGUGAUUGGCAUGGGUGAGAUUCUCGUGAUGGGCAAUGAGGAUACCCUCACGGGUUUCCCCGUCAAGCAGGUCGUUGCAGCUCUCAUAAAUCUACUCGGCAUCGAGCACAAUUUCGCCAUAAUGACACAUGCUUGCCGGGCUUUGACCUACAUGAUGGAGGCCUUGCCACGCUCCUCGACUGUCGUCGUCGAUGCCGUGCCCGUUUUCUUGCAGAAGCUUGAGUCCAUCGAGUGUAUGGACGUUGCUGAGCAGUGUUUAACGGCUUUGGCGAUGCUAUCUCGAAGACACAGCAAGACUAUCCUCCAUGCAGGUGGCGUGUCGGCUUGUUUGAAAUUUGUCGACUUUUUCAACAUUACCGCUCAGCGUGCUGCACUGACCAUCACCGCGAACUGUUGUCAGAAUUUACAUCCCGAUGAUUUUCAUCUUGUGGCUGACAGCCUUCCUCUUCUUACUAGCCGUCUGACCAACCAAGACAAAAAGAGUGUCGAGUGUGUGUGCCAAGCUUUCAGUCGUUUGGUCGACAGUUUCCAACAUGACGAAGUGAUGUUGUACAAAAUAGUGAAUGCAGAGUUAUUGCAGAACUUACAACAAUUGUUGAUGAUAACGCCUCCAGUGAACAGCACCGGCAACUUUAUAACUGUUCUACGAAUGCUUUCUGUGAUAUCGAAUCGCUGUUCCGACCUAGCGAUUCUGCUUCUCCAGCAGAAUAUAGCAUUUACUCUAAGCUAUCUUUUGACUGGUUCCCUAGACGUUAAGAUGGAGGACGUUGAGUUGGUGCCACGUUCACCACAAGAACUCUUCGAGAUAACGUGUUUGAUCGAGGAGCUCAUGCCACCGUUACCCACUGACGGCAUCUUCAAUGUAGAUAGUUUACUCGAUAGAUCUAGCAAUCAACAAGAGACCGUUACCUGGGAGUGGCGCGACGAGAGACAGUGCUGUCAUCCAUUUAGCACUAUUGAUUCCAGAAUCAUUGAGAUGGCUUUCCAGAAUGGAGAAGAUGAAAUCUGCCUGUCCACUCUCGGACGCACUUAUACAAUUGAUUUAACUGUGAUGAAGCAAAUUAACGAAGACAUCGGAGUCGCUAGAAGUAUUUUUCGUAGAGUAAACACUCAGCCCACUGAAGGUGAAAACGUACCUUCGUCGUCAAACAACUCUUAUGUUGUGCCUCUCGUAGUCAAAGUUAAUGAGUGGGUUGUAAAUUUUAUACGAACACUGUUCUCUGUGUUGUAUGAGGUUUACAGUAGUUCAGCUGGUCCGGCUGUUAAAUGUAAAUGCUUACGGGCAUUACUUAGAAUGUUAUAUUACUCACCAAGUGAUCUCCUGAAGGAGAUGCUGAAAAAUCAAGUAGUUUCUUCUCAUAUAGCUGGAAUGUUAGCAUCACAAGAUUUGCGAAUAGUUAUUGGAGCUCUGCAAAUGGCAAAUAUAUUAAUGACAAGGCUGCCUCACGUGUUUAGAGUUCAUUUUCAUCGUGAGGGAGUAUUGCAUCAAGUACGUCAACUAGCCGAUCCGGAUAUUCCUCUUGGAGUAUCUCCACCCAAGUGCCCUUCUGGUUCAUUACCAAGUCCACAACCAGGACCAUCAAGCACUCCUCUAUCUUCUACAAUGGCAUUGUCUUCUAGCAGUGCCACAUCGCCGGUUGCUUCGCCAACAACCAACGGCAAUAUUCUCUUCGGUACAAUAGCUACAAGUCAAAUGAAGCCAAACCUCGCUGCCACUAUGGAAACUCGCAGUAGAUCCGACUUGAGCGUCAGUAUGGAAGAUUCAACUACACCGCCAAAUGCUCACAUGAGAAUCGGUGACGUGCUAAAACGAAAGCGCCAGAAUAAAAAGAGUCGAUUUUCACGCUUAGGAAGUAACGCAUCACCGCAAACUCAGCAGCCAGAGUCUAUGUUUACUGGUUUCACGCCUAAGAAUAGUCGUUUCUUGGGCAAUCUAAAUCCAGCUCGUUGGGGCAAAAAAUCGUCGCCUAAUAGCGUGAGCGAAAAGAGAGAUUCCAGUUCGUCCACAAGUCUGUCGAAACCACCCAGCAAUCCAAGUUUGACAGGUAGCAAUCGUGAAAAAGCCAAAGCUUGGGUAAGAGAGGAAGCACAACAAUUUUUGGUUAGAUAUCAAUUAGAUGCUCCAUGUACGCAUCCAGCACUCACUGUUCUAUCAAGAUUGACUUCAGCAAUUCAACGCCUACAAUCAAGCGACUUGGAAGAAAUGUAUUCUGCACUUACGGAAUUACGUGAUGUGAUCUUGGAGAGUGAUAUUUCACCGUUUGAAAUGAAUCACAGUGGCCUGAUUAAAGCCCUGCUCAAUUAUCUUACCACAACGGAAAGUCCUGGUAGUCGUUAUGAUCGUCUUAAAAUGUUUUGGAAGUUAUUUGCAGAAUCUACAUUGCAAAAAGACAACUUGGCAGAUAUUCAACCUGGUGCAUUUGGAGCAUUGGUUUCGAAGCUCAGUAGUUGUGUAUCCCAAUUAGAACAAUUUCCAGUCAAAGUUCAUGACUUACCAGCCGGUUCUGGAGCAGGUAGAGGUGGCACAAGUGCCCUCAAAUUUUUCAAUACACAUCAACUCAAGUGCAAUCUUCAACGUCAUCCAGACUGUAAUAAUUUGAAACAGUGGAAAGGCGGAACCGUAAAAGUCGAUCCACUUGCUCUUGUACAGACUAUAGAACGUUAUUUGAUGGUCCGUGGCUAUGGAAGAAUACGUGAUGCUGAAUCUAUGAUAAGCGAUGACGACAACAGCGAAGAUGAUAUAGAUGAUACUCUCGCGGCAGUUGUCAUCACUCAAGGCUCGGCAAAGCACAAGUUACAGUUCUUGAUUGGAGACGAAAUUCUUCCAUUCAACAUGACUGUUUAUCAAGCUGUGAGGCAAUUUAGUUGCCCAAACAACGAUCAUUCAGAAGCUGAUGCUGAUAGUGAGCCUCCUCUCGGUCACGAUGCCGUUUGGGUGCAGACUCACACGAUAUAUUACAGGCCAGUACCCGAGGAAGAGUCAUCCUCGUCGUCAAAGCCAGGUUCUAGCUCGCAAUCUAGCAGCCGUAAGGGCAAAGGUAAAAGUACAAAGAUUCUCUCCAAGAGGAAAGAAGACAGCCUAUGGCUCGAGGGAUCGAUACCUCAACAACGCUGCCCCUUAAUGCCAUUCUUGACUCCAAUCCUACCUCCGGCUGUAACCAUUGCAGAUGCUUCUCUGGAUGGCUUAUGCCUCUUACGUCUACUCUACUCUCUAAAUCGUCACUGGGGUAUACUCUACCCAAAUGUCAAGAGUAGUAGUGUAUUAUCUUCACAAGACUUUAUUAAUAAUAAGAUAGCAGCUAAAGUAAGUAGACAACUUCAAGAUCCACUAGUGAUAAUGACUGGAAAUUUACCUUCGUGGUUACAACAAAUUGCUUCAGUUUGUCCAUUCUUGUUCCCGUUCGAAACAAGACAAUUACUAUUCUACGCAACGUCCUUUGAUCGUGAUAGAGCUUUGCAGCGACUUCUUGAUUCCGCGCCGGAACUGAGUGGUUCAGAUAGCCAAGAAAGAGUUACCCCAAGACUGGAGAGAAGAAAACGAACGAUCUCGCGAACUGAUAUUCUUAAACAAGCCGAACAAGUCAUUCAAGAUUUAGCCUCGAGUAAAGCUCUAUUGGAAGUGCAAUAUGUAAAUGAGGUUGGAACUGGUCUCGGACCAACUCUAGAAUUUUAUGCGUUAGUAUCAAAAGAACUGCAACGUGCUGAUUUAGAAUUGUGGCACGGAAGCUCAAGUCCUACAGAACAAGGCUACGUAUAUCUUUCACAGGGUUUGUUCCCUGCUCCGAUUGCAUGGAAUACUAAAGUCUCCAACCUUGCCAAACUUAAAACAAAAUUCAAGUUCUUAGGAAAGUUUAUGGCGAAAGCAAUCUACGAUUCGAGAAUGUUGGACCUUCCAUUCAGUUUAACUUUCUAUCGAUGGUUGUUAGGUGAAGAACAUGCGCUUAAUUUAUCAGAUCUUGCCUACGUAGACGCUGAUGUAUACCGUACUCUUUGUAAAUUACAAGAUAUUGCUAAACGAAAAGAAAUAAUCGAAAAAGAUCAAAACUUGCGAUCGAAUGAAAAAACCCAAAUGAUAGAAACAUUAGACUUGGAUGGCUGUCGAAUCGCUGAACUCGGAUUAGCUUAUCAAUUACCUGGUUACGACAAUAUUGAAUUGCGUAAAGGUGGAAGUGAUAUUAACGUUACGAUUCAUAAUCUAGAUCAGUAUAUUAAGCUUGUGGUGCAUUGGUAUCUUUAUGAAGGAGUGUUUAGACAAAUGGAGGCAUUCCGAGAAGGAUUCGAAUCAGUUUUCCCACCUGCACAGUUGCGGCUAUUCUUUCCUGAAGAAUUAGAAGCAGUGUUUUGUGGCCAUUCGCAAGCUGGUGGCAAGUGGGAUAUAAAGACAUUGUCCGAGUGUUGUCGAACUGAUCAUGGUUACACGCCCGACUCGCGAGCUAUACGCUUUUUGUAUGAGUGUAUGGCAGAAUACACUAGCGAAGAACAGAGACAGUUCGUUCAAUUUGUUACUGGGUCCCCACGAUUACCCGUUGGCGGUUUCAAGAGUUUAACGCCACCUCUUACAAUAGUGCGAAAAACGUUUGAUGUUUCUAUGAAACCAGACGAAUUUUUACCAUCGGUUAUGACUUGUGUCAACUAUUUAAAACUGCCCGACUACUCUACUUUGGAAAUUAUGAAAGAAAAACUCAGAAUAGCUGCGCAAGAAGGACAACAUUCUUUCCAUCUCUCCUAGAAAUGGAAAUUUGAAACACAGUAUAUUCUUUUUUUCACUUUUGGCUCUGCCUAGUGAAAAAGCGCGAGAAGCAAUCCAAUAAACAAAAAAAAACGAUUAUAAAAAUAGCAGAAAACAUAUUGGAGACAAUGAAUCUUUUACACAAUUUACAAGAAUUUAGUUUUUGCUUUAUGAAACGGAUCAAUAUCUCCGUAUAUUACUUUUAUUUUCUUGUUUAUAUUUCAUUUUUAUGAAUUCCAAUUUAGUGUUCAUUUUUGUACGUGUAACGAUUUGGAGUUGUGAUAUACAAUAAUUUUAUCAGAUAGAAGAGUAAACCAAGAGUAUAAGAUAUUUGGGAUGGUUAAAGUAUUGGUUGCAAGUCAGAUACACUUACGCAGUGUUCUGAACUCGAAAGCAAUGACUUGUUUUUCUGGCGCGUGAGAGUGUGUGUUGCAAAGUUAAAAUAAACAUUUUGAGAGCAACAAAAAAGAAAAAAAAUGAAAACGAAAACGUUGUACAUAUGAAGUAUAUUAUCUCGACAUAGUUUGAUAUGCAAGUAUAUAUAAAUACUUUAUAUAAUAGUGAACGGAUGGUUCAGAAAAACCGGUAUCACAAUAUAAACUAUAACUAAUUGAAGUAUAAGCUAACGUGAAAAGGACGUUUGCUAGAUGUAAGUAAAAAGUUUUAUAUCAUUGAUGCCUCUCGCAUCUCUGUGCAUCAAAUGCCCAUUCUCCCCUGCCUCGUCAAGCGGUGCGGAGAUUAAGCAUUCUUCAUGAUUCAUAAAGGGAAAAAUAAAAAGGUAUAACUCAAGGCAUGUGCUAUAUCGAGUUAGUGCAUAAAUGCGAUAUAAAUGGGGAUUGGAAGGAUGACCGUACCCGUAAACAUAUAUAAUAUACAUACAACUAUAUGAUAAUGGAUGAUAUCGUGUCUCUUGUUCGUUGUUUGACUUUAUUUUCUCGUGAGAUUCAUUUUUUCUUUUGUAAUCGAUCUCUUCGCAUCUACAUUGUGGCCGGUUUCUCCGAAGAACGACGGAUAGCGCAUAUACGGAUGCACAAUUGAAAUUGCAACGUCUUUACAUUUAAUUUUAUUAUGUGUAUCAUCGUAACUAUCAUUUAAUAUUUUUCAUUGUAGGUCAACAGUUUGAUUAUUACUUAGUUGUGUAAAAGUACGGCCAGCAUCACCAGACCACGUUUUUAUCUAUUUUACAGUGACUUUCUCAAAUACAGUUAGUCAAUUGAACAAGUACGAAGUUUGAUUUUUGUUGUUAAUGAGCUAUGUCAUGUGUAUUUAUAUAAGUGAUCUUUCGUAUGUAAGUUGAUAUCAAACUAUAGUGUUAAUUUUUCAGUUUGAAGUCCUGACAUGUGGAAAAGGAACAUAAAGUCGAGAAUAUGAACUGCACAUAUUUUAUAUGAUUAUUGGUCUGAUGAUGUAUGCAGCGUUUACUUGGCAAUGUUAAUAAAUAUGUUAUUGUAUAGCCAUAAACAAAGAAUAUGCAAUUAUUUUUACAACAUUCUAUUCGUAAUUCAUCUUACGGAUUAAGAACAACGUGAAAAAUAAUGUAUGUGUAAAGAGAAAUAAGUGGUCCGCGUCAGUUGUAUAAAAUAAAAUUAUAGUUAAAUUAGAAAUGAUUGAGGAGUAAAUCGUACUAAAUGCGUGCUGGUAAUAUGGAUAAGCUUUAAAUCCAAGUUAUUACCAUUUAUGAACGCAAGCUAUGUUACGCCAAUCCUUUAUUAUA